AACAACACAUAUUCUUUGAGUGAUUCCGGCCUCUGGGAUUGAAACCACGAUCAGGCAUCGACAUCAGGGCUUUUAGUCGGUUAUAUCGAUUUCACUACUUCGUCUGGAAUAUAUAGUUGAUCGAUCUCUGUUUAGGAAAUGGCCAAAUUAAAUUUUUGGCGUAAAGGGUCCAUCAAUUUCAUUCUUUUAAAAAGGAGCAUCCACUCGUGUGUUUACGAUACCAUAGUACAUCGAAGUCCACCCCUUUAUGCCUGACGGAUUCCUGUUUCGUUUAUGUCCACAGUCAACUACAUAACUUGUGUUCCUGCAAAGAAACACCAAAAUUAAUAAGAACUUCUGAGCCAUCAAUUGAGAACCUGUCUCUCGUUCUGUCGGAAGAAUGUUAUACAAGAAUGAAUUCCAGUUUAAUUCCCUCCAUUUGUUAUUUAAUUUGAAUGAGAACAUUCUCCGUAUUUUCCUAUGGAGUCUCAACCAACUUCUCGGACUUUUUGUCUUGACCACUCCAGAAAUGGACAGUAUAUUUACCAUUCUUUUAAACAUGACUCUUGUCUUGCCCUGUUUAAUUCUCCUUUUUGUUACUCUACCAUUCGGUAUUGUUGGAUUUUUCAUACGCUGUGCCUUGCACCAAUUCAGGAAACCCUAUGUGUAUAGCUACCGAAAACCAAUGUUUCUAGACAUCAGCAGGGUACCCUGUACAGUGGCUAUCGCCACGUCCAAUGUCUGCCUCCUGCCAGAGUUUCUUUCUCGCUACAAUAAUUUACUGGACGGUGAUCGAAGAGCUCGGUUAAUUGGCGAGAGGAUAGUUGACGACGAAUGUCUGAACCUCAAAAGAAAUAACGACGUUAGUGAAGGCCACAACACUAGACUUAACUGUGAUAAUCGCACCUUACAUUCUUCAUGCAACGGUCCGGAAACUGCUACACACAAUAAUCUGAAUUCUAACUUUUCGUCUUAUCACAAAGACAGCAACCAUAUCCACAUGAGAAACUUGAAUGAUUCCAAAGCCUUCAACAAAGAGAUCCUGGCACAAUUUCCCCAACUUGAUUUUGUCUGUUUCCAAGAAACAUGGAAUCGAGACUUGGCCAAAAAACUCCUCCAUAAAAUCCAUCCUGUUUUUCCGUACAUAAUUUACGAUGUAGGUGUGAUGAACAUGUCCAGCAACAGAUUCCUACUCAACAGCGGACUGAUGGUUGCCAGCAAAUACCCCGUCGAAGAUGUUGAAUUCAAAUGGUUUAAGCAAUCAACUUUGGCCUGCCGCUUCAGUGGAAAAGGUUUACUUAUGGUCAAGAUAGUUCUUGGAGAAGAGAAGACCGGUAAAAGGGCAGUUGGCUAUGUUUAUAACACACAUCUACAGGCUUAUGAAGGUGAAGAGAAAAUUUUAGACAAACAACUCAACGAUAUUGUUGAUUGGACCACUGAUUUUAAAAAGAGCACCUAUCGAGAAAAUGACGAUGUCAAAUUUGACUUUCUUUGUGGAGAUUUCAACUUCGAUAAUUUAUCACCAGGUGAAGCCCACCUUCAGAAUCACCCCAUUUACAACAUUUAUGAAGAUCCUGGUCGUGUAUGUGAUGGCGUUGACAGUCCCUGGGUUGUUGGUACAGAACUACGUCCACUUCUGUUGUGGGACAAAGCCAUAUCCACACCAGAAGGUCUGAGAAUAGUACUGCAGGAUCCAGAUUUACGCCACCAAUUUAUCAACGAUGCCAAUAUUAAAAAAAAGACAAUAUCGGAACUCUGCCACACGCUUCCACAGCUGGAUGAGAAUGGUAAAAUGAAAUUAAGAUGUGAAAUUGCUGGCAAAAGAAGAAUUGAUCGCAUCUUUUACAGAAAAGAAAGUCCCGUUAAAAUGAAAGCAUACAACUUCAUCAGUCGGUUGGCGUCUCUCACAGAUCACAUUCCCGUUGCAAUGACAGUCCAAAUUUCGACCAAUUCAUCUUGAUUCCUCUAUAGAACAAGCCUCCUUUAUUUUCUGAGGACUUCAUAUAUUUAUUUUAUUUAUUUGGUUUUGAUAUUUUAUAUGUAUAUACAUAUAUAUAUAUAUAU